AUGGAAUUGCUGAAGAUUGCUGGAGUGUUUAUGCCACGUGCCACUUAUAUAUCCCAACUUAUGAUCCAUGCAAAACCCGACAAAGAGGUUCUUUACGGCAUAUGUCGCAAAAAAUCGGACCCCUUAGCACAAUGCGAUCGCUAUCCGAACGCUGGCAUCAAGUUCCAUGACGUCGGGUUCCUUGAGUUGACGGAUUACUCUUGGCAGAUCAGUAUGGGAGGAUACGUCUACAAAAUAAUGAAAAAAAAACAUUGUAGCCCACCAAAUAUCAGACCGGUGACUAACUGGAUACUGGACCGUGGCCAUUCAAGAAUGCAUGUGUACCAUAAGAUGCAUCAGGAGAGUUGA